GACAUCCACUAUGGCCGCCAUGUUUCCUCGCAUCAGGAAAUUUGUAAAGCAAAUGGUCAUAUCCAUAAUUGUGUUUCAUGGAAGCUAUGUCAUCAUCCGCCUUACCAGCAGUGAAAAGCGUGAAUUGACGGCAAAUUCGUUCUAUCUCUUCGAUGUAUCCCGCAGCCCUGUUUAUGAACUGAUCCUUCUCAGCCAGCUCACAGGAUUCGUUUUUUACGGCGUAAUGUUUUUCGACUUGUGGGGGCUAUACGCUACGUUCAUCUGCAUCGCUUGCAGUCAACUGGAGAAGCUGAGGGCAAAGCUACUGGAUAUCAGACAGAAAGACGACGUAGCAGAGGAGGACUCCGGUGCUGAGACUGACCAAGAGGAAGAGGAAGAGGAACAAGGACUAGUACAAACCUCUCAGAGAGUAUUUCUUCACAUGCAAAAACAACUGAAUGACUGCAUACGUCACCACCAGCAGAUAAUUCGCUUCAUGAAUGCAAUGGAAGACACGCUGAACCCCGUGCUGCUUGGCCUAUUCUUCAUCGCAAUGACCAGCAUCUGUUUAAGCGCCUUCUCCAUCGUCAUGAACCUGGGGGACGCCAUGCCAAUUAUCCAAUCGGCAGUUAUUUGUGGCGCCAUGAUGUUCCUCCUGUUCGCAUUCUGUCGUCUUGGUGAAGAGCUCACACAUCACGCAACCAGCAUAGGAGACGCAGUUUGGAAUAGCAACUGGGUAGGAACUCCGGUCUCUUUCCAGGGCUGCCUCAUUUUAAUCACUGCUACAGCCAACAAGAAGUUCUGCCUCACAGCUGGGAAAUUUGUGUCUGUAUCCAACAACACUAUGGUCAAUAUUUUCAACCAGACAAUGUCAUUCUUCAUGUUUCUCCUCAAGAUGAAAGACAGGCCUAAUCUAGAUCAACAUCAGGAAUCAACAGCAACCUAACACAGGUAACACAACAGCAGCCAUUCCCAGCAAAGCAAAAUUUUCACACCAAAGUGCUGAAAUCCCCAUCCUUUCUGGUAGAACAGCCAGCUGCCUUCAGAUUAUACCUAACACCUAGACGUAAACGCAAACUGAGAUGAACACAUCUGGGCUCCAAGCAAACGAGCUGCACAACAAAUAAGACGGAAGAGGGCAAGGAUUAGAGACAGGAGACUGAGAUCUGCUUGAAAGAAUGGGCAGUCAAGUUAUUUUGGUAUAUACAGAAGAAAUGUCUUCAUAAUAAAGUCUGAAAACAGCUCAUAUAGCAAUACCAUAACAAACGUGGUAAAUGAAUAAUUUUUCCAACCAGUAUUCAUAACAAUCCAGCUACUAAAGUAAUACUGAGUUA